UCUAUUUUCGAAGUUCCUUGACUGGAGCAGACACGUGCUGACCAUCAGCUACUACAGAUAUAACGAAGUAGACACACCUCGGUCUCCCAGAUCGUCUUUUUGCCGCUCGUCAAGCGACGAAACGUGAAAAUUUGAGCUUGACACAGUUAGGUUAACCAACGUUAUUGUUAGGGCUUAUUUUAUUAAUCAAGUGCAAAUCGGGUCAGUGCGUGACAGUGUAUCGCAACGUUGAUUGGCGUCUGGCGUGAUGCGCGCUGGUUUCAGACUAGUCGUCCCGCUCGCAAGCGGCUCCCUCUAUCCGUCGAACCUGGCGAGCCGCUCAUUCUGUUCUUAUCGUCAAGUGAAAACGUUCACUCCCGCAAUAGCAUAGGACAGCUAGAACUGGCGCACGAGCUGCAGAAAGGUUUCGGACAUGGUGACGGGUGCCGGCCUUUUUCGCCGCGUCGCGCAACCAUGAGCCGAUGCGUGCGCUCGUUCGUCGUCUUCUUCGUCUUUAAUUUUGCGCUCGCUUUGUGUUUGUUAUCGCAAGGGUCACGAACUUUGGCUAAUGACCAGCUGUCCUCUUCCUUGUUAGUUUCGGAUGGUGCUGUGUCGGAUGAUGGAUUCGUGCAAGGGUGGGACAGGAGAUUAGCCUCUGGUGCGUCUUCAUUGUCGCCGAGUUCAAGGGCCUCAUCACCUGUUCCAAUAAUGGACAAUUCAACCUUGAGAGAGGCAAGUGACCUUUAUGCCAAUAUACGACAUGGCCGGAAUGUUACCUUACUACCCAUUUUGGCCCUACUCGAUUUAUCCUCCACGGAGGUGAACCGAGGUCAUUCGGAUGGCGACAGCACCAUCGAUGGCACCUCAUUGUUGAAAACGGCUCAAACGGCCGUAGCUCACGUCAACGCCCGUCAACUGAUACCUGGUUUCCACCUUCAGUUACUAGUCAAUGACUCCAGGUGCGAUUCGGGAGCGGGAGUCGACGCCUUCUUUCAUGCCAUUUAUACGACUAAGGACUCUUCUUCAUCCUCGUCGAGCAGCACGAAGACAAAAUCAAAGCCCACGACGCGUGUUGGACGUCCAUUCGUUAUGCUUCUAGGGCCGCAUUGUUCACACGUGACCGAGAGCGUUGCCAGCGUUACCUCCUACUGGAAUAUCGUUCAGAUCUCACACGCGGCAACGUCGGCCGGCUUGAGCGAUCGUCAGAAAUUUCCAUUCUUCUUCCGGACCGUCGCCGUCGAGUCCGCGCACAACGCCGCUCGGCUCGCUUUUUUGCGCCACUUUCGCUGGGACAGCGUAUCGUUUCUCGUGCAGAACGAAGACGAUUAUUCACUGGUGAUCAACGACUUGAGCGCACUGCUAGAGGACGCCAAUACGUCGGUAUCGAACAGCCUGACCUUUGCUCCCGACGAAUUGACGGAUACUCUUGAAAUUCUCCAAGCUCGCGAUGCUCGCAUUAUCAUUGGCAGUUUCGCCCCGUCCAUGGCGCUCCCAAUCUUCUGUGAGGUUCACCGUCGAAAUCUUUACGGCGCCGAUCACGUAUGGAUCCUUCCGGGCUCUGUUUUCAGAUCAGAUCGAUGGCUGGAGCAGUUGCAACACCAGCACGCCAUGGAAUUGUCUAACGGCACCUCUUGCGAUAGUCGAUUCAGCAAGAAGGAUUUGAUGGCCGUCAUUGAAGGGAAUUUCUUCAUGCGACCGUACUCGCAUCCUGUCAAUAUCACCGACGGCUUCUUUUCAUCCUUUCAAAUUCCGACCAUCACGAGCGAAGAAUUUCACGGCGAAAUUUACGACGCAAUUUGGACGAUGGCGCUAGCCCUUCGUGAGCUGCAGGUUGAUUACGCCCGUCAACCGGCCAAAGAAAGGCCGUCCUUGGCCAACUUCAAUUACGGUCGUAAGGAUAUGGCUGAACAGCUGAUGGCCAAGAUAUCAUCCCUCCGAUUCCAAGGCGCUUCAGGUCUCGUCUCGUACUCGGGAGCCGAUCGAAUUGGAACGACGUCCUUGUUUCAAAUCCAAAAGGGUGUGGCAAGACAGAUUGGACUCUUCCAUCCGGACAUGGGACUGGAAUUGAAUGGCAGCUGGCCGGUCAUGUGGCCACUAGGUCAACCGCCAGUUGCCACCCGCAUCAUCAAAUAUCGCAUAGAUACUAUAGCACCUACUGCGUUUUAUACGAUGACUUUGCUAGCUAGCCUUGGCAUCGUCUUUGCUCUCAUUUGUUUGUCGUUCAACCUGGUCAAAAGGAAGCUCAAGUAUAUCAAACUCUCGAGUCCUAAGUUGAACAACAUGGCCAUUGUUGGCUCGUGCCUCAUUUACGGUGCUGUGAUCUUGCUGGGUGUCGAUCACGCUACGCUCGUACACGACACAGGUUUUCCUUUUGUCUGUAUGGGUCGAGCUUAUUUCCUAUCGGCUGGAUUCUCACUUGCCUUCGGCGCCAUGUUUACCAAGACUUUCCGCGUCCAUCGUAUCUUUAGCAUGCGCAACAGUCUGCUCAAAAAUAAGCUUUUGGCUGACACCCAGUUGAUUGGCCUCAUUCUGGUAUUACUUUUAAUGGACACGUUAGUCAUAGGACUCUGGGUAGCAUUGGACCCCUUCGAGAGACAUCUCUACAAUCUCGUUAGAGUUGUCAGCUCAUUAGAUCGUAGCGUCGUCUAUCAGCCUCAGGUAGAAGUGUGUCGUUCGAACAGGUCGUCCAUGUGGUUGGGAAUCCUUUACGUUAAAAAAGGCUUACUUCUAAUCGCUGGAGUUUACAUGGCUUGGGAAACGAGGAAAGUUGCAAUUCCGGCGCUCAACGAUUCACCCUACAUUGGCAUGAACGUGUAUAACGUGGUAUUGACUAGUAUUAUUGUCGUUUUUUGCGAUUCCUUGUUAUCCGACCGGACGACGAUCAACUAUUUAGUGGUGGCGACGCUCAUUUUGACCUCCACUACUACUGCGCUUUGCCUUUUAUUUUUACCCAAGUUCCACGCCGUUUGGCGACAAUCACGAGGUGGCGUUCCUAUAGACCCAAUAUGUCACGGCACUGGAUUGAAAUUAGAAUUUAAUACUAGAAGGAUGGUUGUGGACGACCGGAAGGAAUUGUUGACUCGAGCUGAGAUCAUGAAUCGGGUUUAUUUGCGCGAUAUCGCCAAGUUAGAUGCGGAAAUUCAGCGGCUCGAUCGCAUUUUAGCCAAAGAAUUUAAUUCGAGCGUCUCGACUCUUGAUGACUACAGCUCAGCGAUUCAAGCGGAAGUGACGCAGCUGUAUGCCAUGUUGGAACAAGAUCAAGAGCCGACUGUCAACGUCCGCACGCCUGUGACAACAUGGGAUCUACCCAACUACUUCAACAAACUGGUAUCGAGGAGCUGUGUAUCUCUGGGCGAUUCACAUCAGGUGAAUGCGAACUCAGCGAAAACUAAACACCGUGGAAACAAGGGUUCCACAGCUGUCGGUUGGGGCUCAGCGUCUUGCUUAAACUGCAGUAGGAACGAUAUACAGACCAAACCUGCAAGUAGAAGUUGUAACGUUGGAAUAAAGAACAACCAGAGUUCGCUGGUGACUCUGCUGAACUUGGCUGUGGACAGCGGCGGUUACGAAACCAUUUACCAACUGGUCGAUAGAAGUCUAUUACUUGUUGAGGAAGAUGUUGACAGUCCAGGUACUGUAAGUAUGGCUCAAACAUUUGUAGAAGAAUCGGCUGAUGUCAACAUUAGUCAGGGGUCGGACGACGAAUCAGCCAGUCAAGAAGUUAUCGUAUCAUUCCAAUGGUGACAUUUGUAUUUAGCUGUAAAACAAAUGGUUUAAUCGUCUAAUUAUUCUGGCCGCAAACCGUCCGGAAUCGCGAUCUCAUCAUAAUUUGAAAUUGUUUAAUAAUGACAUGUCCUAACUCUUCAGAGCCAUAAAAAAAAAGUAAAUUUCAUUUUCUGAUGGAUGGAUUAUUGUUUCAUUGUGAAAUUCAACAGAUCAAUCGACCAAUAAAUAUA